AUAAUAUUUUGGAAAUCAAGGACUGUGCCAUAUUCUCUCUGUCUUUUACAGCUUGGUGUUUCACUUGGCACUUUGGGAGCAAUACCAGCAGCAGCAUUGGACCCUAACAUUACUGCACUGGGAGAAAUACCCCAGCCACCAAUAAUGGGGAAUGUGGACCCAUCCAAAAUUGAUGAAAUCAGGAGAACAGUUUAUGUUGGAAAUUUGAAUUCACAGACCACAACAGCUGAUCAGCUGCUUGAAUUCUUUAAGCAAGUUGGAGAAGUCAAAUUUGUGCGAAUGGCAGGAGAUGAGACUCAACCAACACGAUUUGCUUUUGUGGAAUUUGCAGACCAGAAUUCUGUACCUCGAGCUCUUGCCUUUAAUGGAGUUAUGUUUGGAGACAGGCCACUAAAAAUAAAUCACUCCAAUAAUGCAAUAGUGAAGCCUCCUGAAAUGACACCGCAGGCUGCUGCCAAGGAACUGGAAGAAGUGAUGAAGAGAGUAAGGGAAGCUCAGUCUUUCAUAUCUGCUGCUAUUGAGCCAGAGUCUGGAAAGAGCAGUGAAAGAAAAGGCGGUCGAUCUCGUUCCCAUUCUCGUUCAGAAUCCAGGUCUAGCUCAAAAUCCCGAUCUAGAAGGAAAAGAUCACAUUCAAAACACAGAAGUCGGUCUGGCAACAGAUCACUCUCAAGACACAAGGACAGGCGCAGAUCCAGAAGUCCCCUGAAAAAACGAUCUAGAUCUAGGGAAAGGCGAAAAUCAAGAAGUCGGUCUCGUUCUCGGGACAAGAAAAGAGACAAAGAAAAGGUCAAGGAAAAAGAAAAGACCAAAGAAAAGGAGAGAGACCGAGACAAGGAGAAGGAAAGAGACCGGGAUAGAGACAAAGAAAGGGAAAGAGAGAGAGAUAAAGAGAGAAACAGGGAUAAGGACAGGGAUAAAGACAAAGAUCGAAACAAAGAUCGAGAGAGAGUCAAAGAUAGGGAUAGAGACAGGGACAAGGAGAGGGAAAAGGAAAAAGAUGAGAAGGAAAAAGACAGGGAAGAUGUAGAUCAGAACAAGGAAAAAGAUGAUGACAAAGAUGGGGAGAAAGAUAGAGAGAAGGCAAAGGAUAGGGAGGGAGAUAAGGACAAGGGAGGGGACAAAGAGAAAGACAGAGAAAAAGAAAAGGAAAAAGAUUGGGAUAAGGAGAGGGAGCGAGAAAAAGAGAGAGAUGAUAAAAAGAAGAAAGAUAAGAGAUCCAGAACUCCCCCAAGAAGCUAUAGCUCUUCAAGAAGAUCGCGUAGCUCCAGCAGAGAAAGGCGCAAGAGGAAGAGUAGAAGUCUUUCUAAGUCUCCUAAAACAUCCAAAGGAACAAAGAGAAAGUCUUCACGAACUCCUUCUCCCAGAAGAAACAAGAAAGAAAAAAAAAGAGAACGAGAUACAUGUAAUGAAGGAAGAGAAAGAGAACGCUCCACCUCCAAGAAAAAAAGUAGUAAAGAGAAAGAGGGAAGGGAGAGAUCUGACAAAAGCACCACUACUUUGAAGGAUAAAGAUCACGCUAAAGAGGAUCAGAGUUCAGAAACUGACAAAGAUGUUGACAACAGAAAUACACAAAGGACAGAUGAAGUCAAACUUCAGCAGAAUGGAAACUGUCAACCAAAUGAAGAUAACCUCUCAAUUAAAAUGGAAGAGGUUUAAAGCAAAGAAUCAACCUCUGUUUCAACUAAGGAAUGAAAUCCAAAGCUUCUUAUUUCCCAGAAUGAGGAAGAAAACGUCAAAGCAAUCAACCUGACCAUGUUGAUAGCACUAGUAGCUCUUUCAAUUCUUGUGAUAGCUUUGUUGUCUUCUUGCUGUAAGGCAAGAAAGCACGGACCAGUAGGUUAUACCAUGAAAAAGCAUAUGUCAUCAGAACUAUUCAUCUCUGAAACUCCAUGCAUUUCCAUGAUGGCUGUACUUAUAGGUAAAAUAAUUUAUGUUAAGUUUUGCCAUAGGCUGUUAAAUAGAAACUGAAAGAAGUAAACCUUUACUACCCAUUAAAAAAAAAGGAAAAAUAGCUGAAGAUAAACAUUGAAAGUUGUUUUAAAAUGUUGCUUGUUGAUGAAUUUUAUGUUAUUUUACUUUGUGAGUUAAGAAGUCCACAGAAACUUCAAUGUGUACUUUUUAUGUGCUUGGAAGCGGUGCAUAAAUGUACACACUUUCUUUUGGUGUAAAUGGCAGCUGUUGGAAAAGUUUUUAUGGUUCUUAUGAUAUAUGCCUAAUGACUAGUAUGUUCUUCAUUUGCUCACUGCUUGGGGUUUGUGGGUUUUAUUAUUUAAAACAAUUUCUUACCAAUAUCCCUAAACUCAGUAUUUGCUUAAAAUAUUUGAACAAUGCAUGCUACUUUUCUGUUCCUAAAAGGAACAUUACCAUGUAUGAUGAUAAUAGGUUAGCUUAUUGAAUUAUUUUCAGGUUGUUUUGUUUUGUUGUUCUCUUCUGUUCUAGAAUUGAGCACAUCUGUAUAUUAGGAAAACUUAACAGCUUUCUUUUUUGACAUGUACUGCAGUGUGUCUGUUCAGCUGCAAAUGGUACAGGUGCCGUUAUGAAAUUAAAUUUUUUCUUAACUUGUUCAAGAAAUUUGAGAGCACAAGCAUAAGCUUUAGUGCCUUCUUAAAACGUGGUAUUUUCAAGAAAUAUGUAUGUGCUAUUAUACAUUUUCAGCUAAAUCUUGCAUCAUCUCUAUUGCUGUUUUGCCACUACCAUACUAUAGACAAGAAUGCAAGUGAUUUUCCAGAAUGGAUGUUUAGUUCACUUGUUUAAGUAGAACAGGUCCAUUUUUACAAUUAUUUUUUAUUUUCAGGAAAGGUAGAGUAAAUGUAAAGAUGCAUUUUGGGGACCACCACUGUACAAAUAAAGUAGCUGAAUACAAAGUAUUUUCUGAACACCUGCAUCACAGGCAGCCCUUAAGAUACUAAUUACAUUUGGAUGGCCUUAACAAUUACCUCUCCAUCGUUUUCUCUGAUAUCCAUCAGAUGUUGUAAAAUGAAUUUAAUACAGAGCUGGGGGUGGAAAAUACUUGGGGAAGAAAUGUUCUAAUUUACAUAGCAGUUAUAUGUUAGAGAAUCUUUUUUCAUUCUUUGGUGAGAAAGCAUGUAAGAAGCAAAUGACAAAGCAGGUUUUUUUUUUUUUCAA